CUAAUUCAGGAUGGGGGAGGAUGAAAACUGGGAUAUUGGAUUUUGAUUGGUUCAAUCUUCUGACAUUAUCUUUUUCCCCCUCUCAAUAAUUCCUUCUUUCUUUCUUCUAAACAACCAAAACCCUCCUCAUCUCUACAGACCCAAAAUUUCUUCUUCUUCUUCUUCUUUCUUCAUCUAUCUUUGUUUGGGAAUAAUGGCAAACUUAGCCUUGAAACAGUGUAUAUUUCUUGGUUCUCCAAUUACAAACAAGAAUCUUAGUAAUGGGUCGAUUUCAGUUAUUGGGUUCCCACCACCAUCUUCUUCCUCUCGAAAACACCUUGUUUUGACUGCUAAGGCUGCUGUCACCGUUGAGCAGCAAACCGAGAAGAAAGUCUCUCUGAUCAAAAUUGGAACCAGAGGAAGCCCACUGGCACUUGCUCAGGCUUACCAAACACGGGAGAGACUCAUUGCCGCACAUGCAGACUUGGCUGAAGAAGGAGCCAUUGAAAUUAUCAUUAUAAAAACGACCGGUGACAAGAUACUGGAUCAGCCUCUUGCAGAUAUAGGAGGCAAAGGCCUGUUCACAAAAGAGAUAGAUGAAGCUCUACUAAAUGGCGACAUAGAUAUCGCCGUCCACUCUAUGAAAGAUGUCCCUACAUAUUUACCAGACGGGACAAUUUUACCAUGCAACCUUCCACGAGAAGAUGUCCGUGAUGCAUUUAUUUCAUUGAGUGCAGCUUCCCUGGGUGAUCUACCUGCUGGAAGUGUUGUUGGUAGUGCUUCUCUUAGAAGACAAUCACAGAUACUGCACAAAUACCCUUCAUUGAAAGUCGAGAACAUUAGAGGCAACGUUCAAACAAGAUUAAAGAAACUUAAAGAAGGGAAAGUCAAAGCGACAUUAUUAGCAUUGGCCGGGCUCAAACGUCUUGACAUGACAGAAAAUGUCACUGCCAUUCUAUCUAUAGAUGAUAUGCUUCCAGCCGUUGCUCAAGGAGCUAUUGGAAUUGCAUGUCGGACCAAUGAUGAUAAGAUGGCUAAUUACAUUGCUUCACUGGAUCACGAGGAUACCAGAUUUGCCAUCACAUGUGAAAGAGCUUUCCUUGCAACACUGGAUGGUUCUUGCCGAACUCCAAUUGCAGGUUAUGCUCACCGCGAUACAGAUGGUUCUUGUGUGUUUAGGGGAUUGGUUGCUUCACCUGAUGGAACUCAAGUACUGGAGACAUCCAGAACGGGUACAUUUGCUCUCGACGAUAUGAUUUCCAUGGGGAAAGAUGCUGGUGAGGAAUUGCGUUCACGUGCUGGUCCAGGUUUCUUUGAUUUCUUAACAGCCCAAAAGUAGGAAUACAAAAAUAAUAGGUGAAGAGAAAGAAAGUCUCUGGCGCAUUCGAAGGAAGAGGUUAUGCGCCGGCUUCUGCUGUUUGUACUUUGUAACAUUUACCGGCUGUAGUCGUUUGUUGAGCUAGAUUAGAUAAAGCAUGCUGUACGGAACUUCAAAUGCUGAAGAAGAUUAGAUUAGACUAUUUAUUCAUUUUUGUGCAAGUUAGUUUUUCUUUUUCACAGUUGGCAUAUAUAAUCUCUUAUUUGGUAAUUGUUCAAAAUGAAAUCUAUUACCAUUGUUUUA